GUUUGCAGGCAAAUCCUGACACGUCAAAUCAUAGUUCGAUACCUUCCCCUCGGCCAUUUACAGCACGAUCAAAAAGUCGGCUGCACGAACUGGGAGGUUGCUUCGGGUAACCAAACAUCCACCUCCUCCAGAGCACAUCUUAGACCUUACUCACCAUAUAAUUAAGGCAAACUGCCGGCUGGCAUGCUCGGCAUCUGUAGUCACGAACAAGGCGGCGCCAGAGGCGGUGGAAGUUAUCCCGUCUCUUUUUACUAUGGCUAUGCGGAUCGAACGACCGGGGCGCCAACCAGCUGCAACAUUCUCUACGCAAGCACCUGCAAGGUCCAGUCCAGCCAAGAACUUUCGAUCACCGCUGAGCAUUCUACUCUGACAUACCUCGCUGCAAGUGGUGGCAAUUUGACCCUGUGUCAGACUUUGCCGCGCAAGUUCGCGUGCUAUAAUUAUUCGCUUGUUACGACGUGGUUGUUCGGCAGGCCAGUGAAUCUGUUUGUAAAUGAUUACAUUCACGCGGAAACGGGAUAGGAGGAUUAGUCAUCAGUAUCUGGGCAUAUGCUUAUCUAUCUGAGUGCGGUCUCGCUCGUCCACUCG